AUGACUGUGUUCCGUAGGCUUUUCCGGAGGCGACUGCACCCAUGGAAGCUGUUGAUUGUGGACCUGGUUUUUGUUACCUUUGUUUUCCUGAUGCAGCGUGAGGUAGGAACCCAGAGCUCACAGGAGGAGCCUUGGUUGAGGGACAAGCGAGACACUGUACUGGACAUGGUUAUGGGAGCAGUCAAUAACUUUAGAGAUGCCAUGCCAAAGAUGCAGAUCAAAGCUCCCGUCCGUCAACCAGACAGCGGAGGGAGCGCCUCCUGUCUUCCCGGGUACUACACUGCCGCGGAGCUCCGGCCAGUUCUGGAGAGACCGCCGCAAAACCCCAGCGCCCCGGGGGCAUCUGGGAAACCAUUCCACACUCAGAACCUGAGCCCAGUGGAGCAGAAGGAGAAAGAGAGAGGGGAGCAGAAACACUGCUUUAACCUGUACGCCAGCGAUCGCAUCUCGCUCAGCAGAGACCUCGGCCCAGACACCAGACCACCAGAAUGUAUCGAGCAAACAUUCAAACGCUGUCCUCCCUUGCCUACAACAAGCGUGAUCAUCGUCUUUCACAACGAAGCUUGGAGUACACUGCUCAGGACCGUCUACAGCGUUCUUCACACUUCGCCAGCUAUUUUCCUCAAAGAGGUUAUCCUAGUGGACGACGCCAGCACAGAAGACAGGUUGAAGGAGGAGUUGGAUGAGUAUUUGAAACGUUUAAACAUCGUACGUGCGGUGCGUCAGCGCGAGAGGAAAGGCCUGAUCACUGCACGGCUGCUGGGAGCCUCUGUCGCUACCGGCGACACCCUUACCUUUCUUGAUGCUCACUGUGAGUGUUUUCAUGGGUGGCUGGAGCCUUUGCUGGCCAGGAUAGCAGAAAACUACACGGCAGUGGUGAGUCCUGACAUCACAACCAUUGACCUGAACACGUUUGAGUUUAUGAAGCCGUCUCCCUACGGCCAGAAUCACAACCGUGGAAACUUCGACUGGGGUCUGUCCUUUGGCUGGGAGGGUCUCCCUGACCAUGAGAAACAGAGACGAAAGGACGAGACCUACCCUAUCAAAACACCAACCUUCGCUGGAGGACUUUUCUCAAUCUCUAAAGAUUAUUUCUACCACAUUGGGAGUUACGAUGAUGAGAUGGAGAUCUGGGGAGGCGAGAAUAUCGAAAUGUCCUUCAGGGUGUGGCAAUGCGGAGGUCAACUAGAAAUUAUCCCAUGUUCCAUUGUGGGUCACGUGUUCCGUACGAAGAGUCCUCACACGUUCCCUAAAGGCACCCAGGUGAUCGCCCGAAAUCAGGUCCGUCUGGCGGAGGUCUGGAUGGAUGACUACAAGGAGAUCUUCUAUCGGAGGAACCAGCAGGCCCAGCAGAUGGCUAGAGAAAAGUCCUUUGGCGACAUCUCAAGGCGCGUGGACCUCCGGGAAAGGCUGCAGUGUAAAAGUUUCUCCUGGUAUCUGAAGAAUGUGUAUCCUGAAGUCUUCAUGCCAGAUCUCAACCCGCUGCAGUUUGGCGCGCUGAAGAAUGUUGGCAAGGACUCUUGUCUGGAUGCUGGGGAGAACAAUGAGGGUGGCAAACCCGUGAUCAUGUACCCCUGCCACGGCAUGGGGGGAAACCAGUAUUUUGAAUUUUCAACGCACCAUGAGAUCAGGCAUAAUAUUCAGAAGGAGCUGUGUCUGCAUGGGACGAAUGGGCCAGUCAAACUGGACGACUGUCAGUACAAAGGCCACAACACGUUUACAGGACCCGAGCAAAAAUGGGAGCUAAAGGAGAAUCAGCUGCUCUAUAACCCUGGCUGGAACCUGUGUUUGAGUGCUCGCUUUGAGAACCCCUCACUGGUGCCCUGUAACCCUUCUGACCAGUACCAGCUCUGGCAGUUUACCUGA